CUCACACACUGUUCCUCUUGUAAGAGCGCGCGCAGUUUGACCCCACCCCUCUCGUGCCGCAACGAGCGCGUGCGGUGCAAUUUGAGCAACAUCUUACAUCUCAUCUCACAACAUCUGCAGCACGACACCGUCACACGGAGCUAUUGUGUAUUUAUCUGUGGGGCUACAGGUUUGUGCUCCGCUCGGUAUUCUGUCGUUUUACAACCAUGUUAUCAGAUUUGUUUCUGUGUGAGCAGCGCUGUGUGAGAAGCACGGACUGAGGUGUGAGAAGAUGCGAAAUGUCGGAGAGGAAUGACCUUACCUGUGUGGAUAUCCUACAUCUCGUAAACACAGAGAGAAACAGCCUCGGAGGAUAAAAGUGGAGCAAAUGGACGGACGCACAGAGAAGCAGGAGCCGGGGGAUGCUGCUGCUGCUGCUGCUGCCGCUGCCGCUGCUGCCAUCGUCGUUGGGAACGAAGCGGAGAGCAAGCAAGUGCAGGAGGAAAAGUCCGGUGUGACCGGCUGGAAUUACCUGGACACCUGCCCCGUUUGCCACCUGAACUUUCACAGCCGAGAGCCCAAACUUCUGCCGUGUCUGCACUCUUUCUGCAAGAAAUGCUUGCCUUCACCAUCCAGGAAUCUGGCCAUGGCAGAGCCGCCAAACUCCCAGGUUGAGAGCGCGAGCAAACCACUGAAUGUGAUCCGCUGUCCGGUGUGCAGGCAGGAGUGCAUGGAGGUAGAUGUGAUGGAGAAUGCCUUUGUGAAGGACUCAGUUGAGGCUCCCAGCAGCACAGUGGAGAGGACGGUGCAGCUCUGUAUGACCUGUGAUGACAACACUGAAGCCGCCGGCUUUUGUGUGGACUGUGUCGAGUACCUCUGUGUCACCUGUGUGGAGGCCCACCAAAGAGUCAAAUUUACCAAAGACCACACCAUCAGACAGAAGGCUGAAGUAUCACAAGAGGUCCAUGGUGUGUCGGCUCAGAGGCCGAUGUUCUGUGACAUCCACAAACAAGAGCCGCUGAAGCUGUUCUGUGAGACCUGUGACCUGCUAACCUGCCGUGACUGCCAGCUAGUGAAGCACAAGGACCACAACUACCAGUUCCUUGAAGAUGCUUAUAGAAACCACAAACAGCACAUGGAGAGCAUGACCCAUCAGCUGCAGGAGAAACAGAAACUGAUCGAAGAGGUGUCUAACUCCAUAAACAGUGGACUUGUUCAGGUUGAUCAGAACCGCACGUCUGUUCAUAAUGAAAUAAAGAAAUCCAUCUGCAGUUUGAUCCUGGAGAUAAACAAAAAGGGCAAGAUGCUAGUUAAUCAACUAGAGGCUGUAACAAAGGAUCACGAGACUGUCCUGCGAAAACAACAGGAGGACAUCGGCUAUCUAUCCAGACACCUGGAUCAUGUCAUCAACUUCACCAAAUGGGCCACAGCCAGGAAUGGGGGCACGGCCCUCUUGUACUGUAAACGUUUGAUUCUGUUUCAGAUUGGAAACCUCCUGAGGGCAAAAUGUAGUACCUCGUUCAUACCACAGAGCACUGUACGCUUCCAGAGUCGAUCCUCUUACUGGGCCUCAAAUGUUGAUCUGGGCUCUUUAGUGGUGGAGAGUGUACCAGGCCACCAGCUGGGCGGUUUUCAGGGUAUCCCUCAUCAGCUCUCCCACCCUGGGCAGGGCCCCUCAGGCUCACCCCACAGCUUUGCCCUGGGAGCACCCCAUAGUACUCUGGCUCAGCUCCAGAUGCAGGUGGACAAGCUCAACCCGCAGGCCAACUGGCAGCCCCAACCACCUCCUCCACCCUGGACGUGGUACCAGAGCGUCCGGCUACAGCGAACUAUUCCAGGGCCAUUGCAAGGAGGUUCUCCCUCCCACACUAUGCUUCCCCAACCAGGCCGCAGGUUUAUGGUGCCUCCUGCCAACCACGUCAGCCCAACUAGCAGCCUACCAAGCCCUGGGUUUACGCCCCAGGUGGCGUCGACCCACGCAGCCAGUGACAGGCCUCUGAGGGGGAUGGGAAGCAGCUCCAGCUACCAACCCAAACCUGUGGACGUGUUUUCCUCCUCACCUCUGUACACCCAGAUAACACCACUGCCCAUCAAUGGCGGCGUCAGUUCACCUCAAUCACGACAGACGAUUGAACCUACGUAUCUGACUAGGAGGAGUGACUCAGGUGGUCCCAUCUAUAUACUGAAACCUAACUAUCCCCAGAGCCUGCCACCUUCUUUGCUACACAGAAAUGUGCAAGGACAGCAGAACUCACUAGGGUACACUGCUGUAUCCCAGGAGGAGAAACCAGGGACUGUGACAUGGAAACCUCCAGAAACACACCAGGCGAGCGGAGCAGUGGGCUCAGCUGUGAAAAAAAGACGAAGAUCAUCACCAGGGCCCAUCAUUGUCAUCAAAGACGAGCCAGAUGAUGACGGCAGCUACGUACAAGCCAACCAAAGAGCCAGCCUCCCCGACAGCACAGGUGACCAACCUCAAAUCAGUGCCCAUGGUGAGGGGAACAAAGUCUCUACCCCUCUUCAAAGCACAAACGACAAACCCCAUAGCCCCUCACAGCCUCCGAGCAGCCCACAGGACCAGAGUAAGACUAAUGCUGCAAAUGGCAUCCGUUCACUGGGAGGAGAACAGCAGGUAGAGCAGCACCGAGCGCCGCUGGAAGACUCUAAUGAAGCCUUGUGUGCUGUGUGUCGAACUGGGGGAGAGCUGCUGUGCUGCGAUAAGUGUCCCAAGGUUUUUCACCUUUCGUGCCAUGUUCCCACUCUCCUCAAAUCUCUCAGUGGGGAAUGGUUUUGCUCUUUCUGCCGUGACCUGUUAGUGCCUGAGAUGGAGUACGACUGUGAAAGCAAACCUGAAGCCAAAACAGUGAAGAAGGAGCCAGGAUCUGAAGGAGGAUUUCCCCCUGUGGACAAACAAAAGUGUGAGAGGCUGUUGCUGUACUUGUUUUGCAACGAGCUGAGUUCAGACUUUCAAGGGCCUGCAUCCCCCUCGGUAUGUGCAAAUAACAUGCUGACUGUGAAGGGACCGGUGAAUCUUUCCACUGUGAAGAAACGACUGGAGGCGAAGCAGAGUGUGUGCUAUCAGAGUCCUGCAGAGUUUGUAUCAGACAUCAGGCUCGUCUUGGGAAGCCAUGCAGUCCUCAGUGAGGCUGACACAGAGGCCGCCAUGGCAGGCAGAAAGCUCAAAGAGCUGUUUGAAGAGCACCUGAGGAUCACCUUCCCUGACCAGACCUUUCCAGAAAUCAAACUGGAGAUGAUACCUACAACCCUGUCUGACUCUCUCCUCUCACCUCUUGACAAUAUUUCCCAGCCUGCAAAGCGUCAGCGCACAUGUUCAGACUCCCAGGAUACAUCGAGAUGUCCCAGUGGAGAGGAGGGAGUAGUAUGAAAGCACAAAUGAAUCGCUUGACAACACUGCCAGCUCCAACUUAUAUGUGGUGUGUUACAUGUAAUUACAAACAUUUAUGACACACAGUCACCUUCAGGUCACCAAAAAUGUUUUAUAAUUAUUGAUUAAAUGUACAGCAAGCAACAAACGAUGAUGCAGGGCAACAAAUUAGCUCUAUUUUCUGGACUGAACUGCGAAACUGCUGUUGCAUUUGUUUUGACUCUGAACAAGCUUGAAGAUUCCGACUACAGUUCCUGCAAGAAUACACACAUGCAGCACAUUUGGGUGUUUACAGGGUACAAGUUGUCAGUUCACUGUCACUAAGUGAUACGUCUGCUCUCAGUAGAUACAUUCAUUGUCACUGAGCUAUAGACGCUGUCAUCAGGUCCGCUGUGUUUUUCCUGUUUAGCGCUCCAUGUGUAAAUAUAGAAGUUAUCAGAGGAAGGGUGAUAAUCAUCCGCUUUGAUGUUUGUGGUCUAUCUUAUGCGGAAUAAGAUGUGUUUCAGGGCCCCUCGAGGCCAGUGAAAUGAAAAACAUCAAAGCAGUCAAAGCUGUUAGAUAAAACCCAAGACUGUUUAAGAUGUUACACUGUCACACAUCGUUACACAAUAUUUCUGCCUGGGCUCAUUUGUCAGGCCUUUAUAGUGCAGAGCUGCAGAUCAAAGCUAAAUGUUAAGUCCAAUUUUAUUUAUUUGUGCUAAUUUAAUAAAAGAUUUUCGGAUUUUAUUGUGAAGAGUUAAGCACACUGCAAAGUGAGACUCUGUUUUUACUAAGAUGACUUUAGGUGAGGAACAUUUUCUCCACACACUCAGCAUUGUGAGCUGUUUUCUUAAAACAUCCAAGAGCCAGAACAUUCAGCCAUAAACCUACUCGCAUGCAAGUCAGCUUGCAGGUGUUUACAGGGUAAAAUAAAACAUGAUAGCUCACAUCUGAGUUAUGAUUCUGGGAAAUGAUUAAUGUUAUAAACCUCCUUCACCCUAUAAAUGCAUGUUAAUGGAGUCUAUUAAUGUCCCACUGGAACAUGAGAAAUGUUUUACUCCCCUCUUUACAACGUUAGAGCUAAGCAAAGCCACUUUCUCCUUUAACAAGUGUCUACAGUUCAGUGUUGACUAACACUGAAUGAGUCCUUUGGGCCCCACGGGGCAGGCCUCUGACUGCCUGGCCGUGUUAGUGGCCCUCUGCUGAUUGACACAGACGUGGCAAGACAAGCUUUGUGGAGCUUCAAAGGAACUGUACCGCACCCCCACAACAAGAUUAACACUGUUUGAAUGCGACCUCGACCACUCCAAUUUCCUCCACCUCAGGAGCUGGGAGGUCAGCUCACGCUGCUGUUUCUUGUUAAAGCCUAAAUAUAGAUCGGAGGUGGAGUGAAGGUCUGGUCGUUUCUGGAAAGCAGGCAUGAGAAGUUGCCCUCAGAUGUUCACUGUGCUCCAGGCAGCCAGGUUUAUAAUCAGACGCUGAUCUGACUCUCAUUGUGGCCAUUCUUUAUUCGUUGUACGGCUUCUAAAGGCUUAUUAUCUCCUUCCUACAUUACGCUGAGGUAAAGAUAAGAUUAGAGAAAGCAGUAAAGGGGGGCUCUUUGUUGUGAUAAGUGUAAUAUCACAGAGUGCAGGGGUUGCCACAUCCUUGACUGAUAAAUGUCUGCAGGAACCAUAUCUUUGCUGCCAUAGCAACAGUCUACUUUUAACCUAGAGGUCUCACUGCACAGUUUAAACAUGCUUCCAGGACUAUGAAAGUGUUUCUGCAUGAUUUACUUCAUAAUACAAUAUUUAAGAUCAUUUUUCAAGGUAUGCUGUUGUGUUUUUGAUUUGCAAAUGGUGUUUUUGUACCAAGUCUCACUCACGGCCCUUACCUGCACGUCAUCUCCCCUCCCUUUCCUGUCAAUCUUCAGCUGCACUAUCAAAAAAAAAAAAAAAAAGAUAAUAAAAACCCA